AUGUCUGCAGCCGAUAAUUUCACGCCAUCGCGUAAAAUACGGACGUAUGGCAAACAGGCGCGCAGUGUGGGAAGCAGAUUCUUAGAGCGCGCCCCUAGUGACGUGAACAAGGCUCACGGAAAGGCAAACGAUUCUCCAUUGGCAAAAAAAGGAAGGUCGCUGGAGACUAGGAAAAGCGACCUUCAAGAUGUGGGAUCUUCGACAGCACUACCCAAGGCUACGUCGCCCACAACGCCGCGUACGCCCAAGGAGAAAAAGGAGAUAGACAUCUAUGAUGUUCAGCUGUCUGACGAGGACCGCCAAAGUCGCACGCAGCCAUGGCUUAAGCGAAGGAAGCUGAGCACUCCCAGAGUUGAUUUGCGGUCAGAGGAAUUUGAUCAGGUUGCACCAAAAAACACUUUGCCACGAAAACCCACCACUUAUGGUGCUGCCAGUAUCCGUGGAAGCAAAGAUGCGGCAUCCCCUGCUUUGAAUGGGAAGAAACAGCCUGAAGUGGAAGUGGUCAUCCGCUCACCGACGAAGCCUAGGCAGGAUUUCAACACCCGGGUCUCGAAACAGAAAUUGGAGAGGCCUCCUUCCAGAUCGACAAUGCAGGAGGGUUCCAGCAGUACCUUGUUGAAUGGACAGUCUAUAGCUGCAAGUUCGCGAGAUAUUCCAGUACGAGAGCGAAGACCAAGUACACCACCGAAAAGAGUACCUCGAUUGACAAAAUCUUUCUCCACGGGUACAGACCGACUGAAGAAUGUGUAUGGCCGCUUUGGUGUUGGAAAUGAGAAGGGGCGCGAUGGCCCUGCAAAGAGUAUCACAUCUACUGCAGAACGAAAACGGAUAGUGGAUGCUUUGGGUCGUAGACAGAUGGCAGAUUCUUCGAGUGAUUCAUCGGGCGACGAGGGAUCUGCCAGGGACCGGAUUUCUCGGGCGAGCUCACAUAGCCCCAUACAGUCCGCCGACCACCGAUCUACAGCCGAUACCAUGCCAUUAGAAAGUGCAGGAAACACACGUUCUGGAGGCCAGAAACAGAACACCAUCCAUCAAGCGGUCACAAGCGGGUUAAAAGUGACAUAUUCCCGACAAAGGUCUUUUCUGAACGAAAUGGAAACCAUAGAAGAGAUAGGUGGCAAUCUGUUUGACCCUGGGUUCCCUCCUCAGGCUGACUCAAUGGCAAGCAAGAUAAGUGGUUCCGCGAGCCAGCCACCAUUGGGUCUCGCGACUCAAACAUCCGCCCUUUCGGCCUGCUUAGAAGAAGAAAGCAUGAGCGGUCCUAGCACCAUACGGAGUAUUCAUGAACUUCGUCGUUCCGGGGACAAUGCAAGAUACCACGCUAUGAUCGAUACCAUCUUUGAGGAUAUUGAAGACACAUCAGCUUCUAUAUCCAGACAGCGUAGCGGAAUGGUUCAGUUAUGUACAAAGCUUUUUGACCCUCAGUUUUCACAACGUUUCCUGAGCAAUGCCUUGGAGAAGCGAUUUGCCAAGAUAAAUCACAAAGAUUCUGACCUCGUUUGCGGCUACCUUACCACUUGCGUCUAUGCUUUAUUGCUAACAUCUGGCUCAACAUCACCGAUGACCUUACAUGAUUGUUGGACACAGAUCCUAGCCGUGACGCCUUUCUUACUCAAUGAAGAUAAAAGCAUGAUUGAACUGGCCAAACGGAAAGACUUGAAAAUGACAAAGGCCGGCAAAGCAGAUAUCCAAGAUAUCUGCGGCAAAAUGGCAGAAAGCAAGAUCUGGACUAGCCAAACACCAACCACUAUAACACCCCAAGUAAUAACACUUCGUUGUCUUGAGUUGGCUGUUCGCAAACUCCGCGAGACGGGCAACUCUAUGGAAACCAUGCCUGUUUCUAUUUUGCAUCAAGUUAUUCAUAUUCUGACCCAGCAUGCAUUGGUAGAAGAUAUACAAAAAGCUGGUCCAGAUGAACUUCUUAUUCUUGAACUUACACUUUCAAUUUUAGAGUCAUAUACCAUACACACCUUAUCCUUGGACGAGGAGCAGCAAGAAGCACUAAAACUCCUUUCAAAAUUGGGCCACUUGCUAUCCAUUUCAGGACCUCAGCAAGACGUUCGAAGCAGACAGGUACAAAUUCUUGAGAUCCGGCUAAUUCUCAACGUUACCAACAACAAUCCUACCCUUUGCGAGGAAUUUUCUACUCCUAAGUUCAUUGAAGCGCUCGCUCACGUUGUCAUUUCCAACUUCCAAUCCGUUGGAGAUGAAUCCGCGGGCCCACACAAGGAAUCACUGCUAGAUAUAGUGAUUUUAGCACUUGGAGCUCUGAUAAACCUUACUGAAUGGGGCAGUGCAGCUAGACGAGUCCUACUGGAAUCACGGGUAGAUUAUACCACAUUGAUUGACAGGCUUAUACCACUAUUCACCGAUGGUGUAGAAGCCAUAGCAGAGGCUGAUUCCGUGGUACAAACACAUUCCAAUGUGGCAUUUGGAUAUCUAUCCGUCUUACUUUGCACCGCUUGUCUUGACAACGAGGCACGCUCCUAUCUACGCUCAACGCUACAGGCUCGUUCCUUUGAACGUCUUCUAGGCACGGUUGAAGAGUUUCUUCAUUAUCACCGAAAAGUAGAGGAUGAGCUUCACGAUGCAAAAGGGGACGGAGAGGAUGCAAUGACGGGAUUCACUUCGAGGAUUCAAGGGAUUGUCGAUCGAAUACGUGAUGCCGAGAGAGCCUGA